CCCACAGGGUAAUCAUGGCUGAUGAUUUUGACGUUGAGGCCAUGCUGGAGGCACCAUACAGAAAGACUUCCCUAAUGAUAUCUCACCUCUACUCCCAUGAAUUCAUCUUUGAUUCCACUGUGAACUGUGAAAAAAAGGAAGGUAGUUAUUGUGCACAUACUGAUGUACUGUGGUUCACCUUAGGACUAAAAGAGAUUCAACCUAGAACAUCCAAUUCGUAUUCGGUUACAAAAAAAGGUGAAUGCCAGUGGUUGAUAAGCCCAUCCUUACCUAUUCAGCAAAGGAGGCAGUAUUCAGAUUUACAAUUGGCCCACCAAUCCUGAAUCUCAAAGUGUAGUCCCAAUCGAGAUUAAAACUGGAAGAUCUGAAGAAAAGGGGAUAAUCAUUUCACUGUGUCUUUGAAAGAAAUUUUUCAUACUGUCAAACCGCCAUUAUCAGAUGUAAAUGUGCCUAGAAACAUUAUUUAUCCAAAUGAAUCCUGAUUGAUAUUGAAAUGUUUUUGGACCAAACUUUAAUUUUGACAUUCCAACAUUCGGUUUGAAUUCCAAACUAUUCAGCUGCAAAGCUUCGUUAUAUUAACACAGUUUCCAUGUCAUGAUUUGAAUGCAAAAUACAGAUGCAUUAUAUUUUUAUUUUCUGUGUAAACAUGAAUACUGCCUCUUUGCAUUAGCCAGUUGUAAUGUGAAUAAGCAUCUUGAUUUUUGCAUGCUUCAGAAUACCACAGAUAUUGAUAUAUUACUUAAUUGACUGUCAAAGAGAUACUUUUUUUCUAUCUAGCAUUGUUUUAUAAAGUAACUUUCAGUAGUCAGUACUUCCUUAAGUCAAAAGACUGGAGAUAUUACCUGUUAUAUUAGAAAACUCAAGAUAAUAGAAGUGUAACACAUAGCUGAAUUAAUUGAUUUAUCUAACUUUUAUUCAUUUAUUUUCAUGGGCGUCAAUAUUACUAAGAAGUGUGAAUCCCUGUUUGCUUCAGGGCAAGAUGUGUGACAGAGGUGGCAUCGAGCUCUUACAGUCCAAGAACGAAAAUGGGUGAAGAUCACUGGACUGACAUCAACCACACAGGAUCUCUUUUAGUGGUCGUGGGCCGUGCGUGGUCACAUGAUUAGAGAAAUAGUGGCAUGGGUACGGCCUAUUAGGAGGGAAAUGGUGGAGAUGAUCUGACUACUUGAAAAGUCCCCUGCACUCUGCUAAUGUUGGAUACCCCCCCUUAACUUUGCUUUUUUUAGCUCUAAGUACUAUGCAGUAAAAAACAGGAGGGGGAUGGGAAGCUAUUGGGGUGGUGGACGGACACUGUCCAGACAUGACAGAUGAGAUCAAGUCCUCUCAUGCAAACGGACAUGAAGACUCGAGCAAGAAGAAAAGGAGGAGCCGGAGCAAGAGCCGUAGCCCAGGCUCUAGGAAGAAAAGAAGCAAGAGCAGAGACAAAAAGAAAAAUAAGAAGAGGAGCAAGAGCCGAGAAAGAAAACGAAGCCGCAGCAGAGAGCGACAUCGCAGUGGCUCCCGAAGCAAGGAACGUUCCGGACGGUACAGAGCACGCAAGAGCCCCAUCCGGAAACGAACCAAAAGUCGGAGCCCCCCUUUCAAAAAAGAAAAGAGUCCCAUCAGACAACCCAUUGACAAUCUAACACCAGAGGAGAGGGAUGCCCGCACAGUUUUCUGUAUGCAGCUCGCUGCCAGAAUCCGAGCUCGAGACUUGGAAGACUUCUUCUCAGCUGUUGGAAAAGUAAGAGACGUCAGGAUGAUCUCGGACAGAAACUCCAGGAGGUCAAAGGGCAUUGCAUACAUAGAGUUUGUGGAGGCUUCAUCUGUACCACUGGCAAUUGGAUUGACUGGACAGAGGCUUUUAGGAGUGCCCAUCAUCGUCCAGGCCUCUCAGGUCAUGGCAGAGAAAAACAGAGCAGCAGCAGCUGCAAAUAAUCUACAGAAGGGCAGCUCAGGUCCAAUGCGCCUGUAUGUGGGAUCGCUGCAUUUCAACAUAACUGAAGAAAUGCUUCGAGGGAUCUUUGAACCGUUUGGGAAGAUUGAGGGAAUCCAGCUGAUGAUGGACAGCGAGACGGGACGGUCCAAAGGAUAUGGCUUCAUAUCGUUUGCAGAUGCAGAAUGUGCAAAAAAGGCUUUGGAGCAACUGAAUGGCUUUGAGCUGGCGGGGCGUCCGAUGAAAGUGGGGCAUGUUACAGAGCGCUCCGACUCAUCGACAGCUAGCUCUUUCCUGGACAACGACGAGUUGGAGAGGACCGGCAUCGACCUUGGCACAACUGGGCGUCUGCAGCUCAUGGCUCGACUAGCAGAGGGAACUGGUCUGAAGAUUCCUCCUGCUGCUCAGCAGGCCCUGCAGAUGACCGGCUCCAUACCCUUUGGAAACAUCACUGCUCCACCAGCUGUUCCAACUCCAGCUCCAAGCCAAGCCUUGAACCUCCCAUCACAGCCGCUGGCCACACACUGCCUACAGCUAUCCAACCUGUUCAACCCACAAUCGGAAAAUGAUCCCACCUGGGCCAUCGAGAUCCAGGACGAUGUCAUUGAGGAGUGCAACAAACAUGGAGGAAUUGUUCACAUUUAUGUUGAUAAAAACUCUGCUCAAGGUAAUGUGUACGUGAAGUGUCCCUCAAUACCAGCAGCAAUGGCAACUGUUAACGCACUUCAUGGACGCUGGUUUGCAGGAAAAAUGAUUACAGCUGCCUAUGUUCCUUUACCAACCUACCACAACCUUUUCCCUGAUUCAGUAACAGCGAAGCAGCUUCUAAUGCCAGCACGUCGAUGAUCUGAUACAAGCUUAUGAAAGUCCGUGUAUAUACAUUUGUUUGCAUUCAUGAAAAUGUCAUUGAAACCGGCGCAUUGAAAUUAGUUGGCUGUGUGUAAUAAAAGUUGCCUCACGUUAAUGUGUUCACCAUUGAAAAUAGGCAUUUUCUUUUGAGCUGCAUUUCAGAAUUUUGUGGGUUUGUGUUGUAAAACUACCACUGAGAAGUAAUCUGCAGGUAUCUAUUGGUCGAAGUUUUUAAAUAUUACUGUCUUAUCUGCUUGUUUCAAAUCAACUGUUUUAGAUUUAAAAUAAAUUGCAAAGGAAUACAGAAACAUGUUGGGUUGAUAGGCCUUAAAUGCCAAAAGUAUAUCAAUGUCAUGAAUAAUCCUUUGUAACUUUUUACAGCCAUAAUUUCAUUUUUUGUAUGAAGGCUCCCAAUAAACUUUGGCAGAUUUGA